UUUUGCAGAAGGCGAACGAAAGCUUCGUUUUUUCCGUCUGUCUGUUGAGUAAUUAUUAUCAGUUUUCUUCUGGAGAGAGUGAAGGAGAGGAAAAAAGUUAGCUCAGAGUCGGUUAUCACUCCGUUAAAACAAAUUCUGUGUUGAUUUCUUCUUCUUUCUUAUAUUCUUCUUUGUUGUUGUUGUUGUUGAAGAUUGCAAUCAGUUUCCAAGCUGAAUAUAUUCUUCUGGAGACUCUGUAGUGUUCAUGUUUUGAUGAUCAUCGCCUGAUCGGGAAUAGAAAAAUGGAAGAAUGAAGAGUGACUGUUGUUGAGGAGUUGAGUUUGAGUGAGCAAAAUGGGCUGCUUUGAGUCUGGAGGUGAAGAUGAGCUUCAGAAUGGAGAUGGUAAUCAUAGUAAGAGAUUAAAGCUUCCCAGAAAGUUUGAAAUUUGGCAGUUUUCUGGUGGAUGUAAUACAGUAAACCAUGCCCCUGUUCCUCGAAAAUUGCGUUCAGCAGCCAUCAAGAAGAGAAAUCACGAAUCCAUUUCAUCGCCUUUUCUUGGGAACCCGAAGUUGAACCAAGUGUCUAAUGGAGUUGGAAGGCUUAAGAAAGAUGAGAAGAGAUCCAAAAUGAAUUUGGAUACAACUCAGGAUGUCCUAGAUAGGUGUAUAAACAAGGAGGUUUUGGGAUCAAUCACCGAAGAUGAGCAAGAAGUGGCUGAAACUUUGUAUGCUCUGGCUGCUAUGCUUCCAGACACAAGUGUAUGUAAAACUGAAUGCAAUAAUGAACUUCCAGAAGGAAAAUCAUCACCAUCACCUGAAGUGGAGAGUUCUGUGCCUUCAAUUAAUGUUUUGGAAAUGGGAACAGAGAUUAGGACAACAAGCCCCCAAUUAACUGAUGAGGCUUCAAAACAGCCAUCAAAUGCUGAAGAAACAAUCAAGUCCCAAUCAUCAUCAGGCAAUCAGCUCGAUAGACCUGUCAGCAUGGAGUUACCAAUUGAUUUAAAUACAGAUAUUUGUGAAGUGAACUUGACCCCAGCUGCUUUCUGUAAACAUGAACAAACAACUGAACGAAUAUCAGAAAACAAUGGCAUUUCCACUGCUUGGUCUAAUUUACAUCUGCCACACCGGAUAUCACAAUGGUCUGAACUUGAGAGAAGUCCAGCUGGUAGAGAGAAACUGGAGAUUGGACUGAAUCCAGCUGCAACCUUUGGAAUACAAACCGAGGUUGAGAACAAAUCCAAGGAGAAAGAAACCAAUGCUACUAGCGGUUCAUUAUGGCCAGGCUUGACUCUAGCAAGCUCGUGUUCUUCUGAUAUGCUUAGUCCUGCAUUGGAGUUAUAUGAUGUCAAAUGCCCUGAAUGGUUUGGAAACAAUUCUUUCAUUGCUCGAACUCAAACCCCAGAGCCUUUUGCUGAAAAGAAUGGUCGAGUUCCUGCUGUUUUGAAGAACUCGUGGAAGAGAUGUUGUACUCAUGUUUAUGUAUGCCACCUCAUUAAAGUCUUGCAGAUAUCUGAGAGGGCUGACAAAUUGCUCUUGCAGUCUGCUCAAUCGACUCAAACUAAUAGAUCAAAGCAAGGGAUUCGCGUAACUGAUGACAGCUUAAUUGGCACGAUAAAUGAUUCACACAAAGUUUUCUCUAGUGGUAGUGCUGCCUGUUCUGUGGUGGAGAAAACUACCAAUGAGGUGAGGAAUGCCAUCUUUUUACACAAGAAGCUUCUUCAAGACCAGAGACAAGGUUUAUCAAAGCAGAACCCAGAUUUCGUGUCGUUUCCACCUCAAGGAAUGAUUAAUGGAAGUAGUAAUGCUACUAGAGCUGGAGAAACCAUUGAAGCCUCAAAACAACUACAUGUUCCUCACAUAGCAUCAGAGAACCCGCAACUAUCUUUCCUGCUUCCCCAGAAUCGUUAUUCAUCUGCUUCUUUUGGCCCGCUUUCUUCGACAGGUGCAGCUCAGCAGGUUCUAUUGCCACCACAGUUUGGGAGUGCAGUAGCAGACGCCACAGUUCCACCAAGACUACAACUCCACAGGCAAGAAAUACAAAUUUGGCCUACCCAGCUCACACCUGCAUACAAGCAUGGUGAAGUUGUCAGUGCCUCCCAUAUACCGGAGUGGCAAAAUGGAGGACAAAACGCGCAUUCCCUUCUCCAAUCUGCUCAAACCAUGUUCCCGGGCUCUCGUUCUUCCUUGGACACGCUUGCCUCCAAGAACGCUCCCAUCUCACUUGAACAGCAGCAGCGGCUUAUGCCCAUUUCCUCAUCACUAUAAGGCUCAAGGGUAAGAGGACAGUACUAUCAUUUACCUGAUGGCUUCGAAGGGAAUGCCCGGGGACUCUACCCGAACAGCAUGCCAGCGUUGCAAAUGCUCUGCAAUAGUCGCCAUUAGAACGAACAACAACGCCACAUCACAUCAGAAGCCAUGCCCGAUCACCAUUGAUUUAUUCUUUUCUUUUUGUACAUGCAUAUUGAGCAAGAACUAAUGCUAGUAGCCAGUUGAGCGCGCGCACACAUAUAUAUAUUGAAAAAUUCUGAUGGUAUCUGUUUUUUGCAAUUGAAUGAUCAGAAAAAAAAACCCUUUGGGGCAUGUAUGUUGUAGAGGCAAAUAGUAAAUGUUAAUCCUGGAA